AAGAGGGAGCCGGGUACGUUCCCACCGGCUUCGAGCAGGCGCAGACAACGCCGGGAGUUCGUCAAGUGAGGCGGUGUCAAGCAUCCGCACGCACCAAAAACGUGGACUGUCUUUUGUUUGUUUUCAAAUCAUCGUCACUCCCCGGCGGGAAUCAAUGAAGGAAAGACGUCCGUCUCAGAAACUCUCCGUGAAAUCCGCCAUGGAUCCUAGUCCGAGUGUGAAGUGCAAGAUCGUGGUGGUGGGAGACAGCCAGUGCGGGAAGACCGCGCUGCUUCACGUGUUCGCCAAGGACUGUUUCCCAGAGAGUUAUGUCCCCACUGUGUUUGAGAACUACACGGCCAGUUUUGAAAUCGACACGCAGAGGAUUGAACUCAGCCUGUGGGACACCUCAGGUUCUCCAUACUAUGACAAUGUGAGGCCUCUCUCGUAUCCAGACUCAGACGCGGUGCUCCUGUGCUUUGACAUCAGUCGCCCCGAAACCCUCGACAGCGUUCUGAAGAAGUGGAAGGGGGAGAUCCUGGAGUUUUGUCCCAACACUAAGAUGCUGUUGGUUGGCUGUAAGUCAGACCUACGCACUGACCUGAACACACUCGUCGAGCUCUCGAACCACCGGCAGACCCCCGUGUCAUAUGACCAGGGCUCCAGCAUGGCCAAGCAGAUCUCCGCGCCCUACAUCGAGUGCUCGGCUCAGCAAUCAGAGAACAGUGUGCGGGACAUUUUCCACAUGGCCACCCUGGCCUGCGUCAACAAAAAUGGCAAAAAUGUCAAGCGCAGCAAGACCGCCCGCGCCACUAAGAGGAUUUCACACAUGCCUGGCAGACCCGACCUAGCAGCUGUAGCCUCAGACCUGCGCAAGGACAAGGCCAGAAGUUGCUCUGUCAUGUGACUGUCAAACUGAGGGGGAAUAGACUGACAGGAUGGGGGACUGAGCAUGGAGCAAGCAGGAAGCUACGGGGAACGCCUCUUUCCUGCGGGAGAAAGACCCAUUUUGUGCCUGGAAAGGAGCAUUAUAAGAUUCAAUUCAUGUACAAGUUCCCGCAACACGCUGCACCAAUGACAAGUCAAAGUCGCGUCCGGCUCUGCACGGCCCCCUCCCGGAGUGUCGAGGAAGUUAUCUGUCAGCGUGCUACCUGCUCGGGAAGUGGGUUACUUCCUGCUUCCUGCAGGAGAACAAAGCGGAUGCAGGCCACGCCCACAGGAGCUAAAUUAGAAAAGUGAUGUCAUUGGAACACUCAGAAGAAGGUGUGAUGUCGUGAUGAGGCUACUCUUGGGUGGGGUCGCAACUAAAAGUGGGCUUCAGAGCAACCCGCUGUCUGUCAAUUCGCAGCAGCCCGGCACAAUGAAGAUACUGUUCGUCCCAUCUGCGAUAUGUUGUCUGAUGUGAAGUCAUCGGUGUAGAACAGCGUCACUUUCCCAUGAUGGGGUUGUUCUGGAAAUUUCAUGUCGCCACUAGGGUUGGGUGGUUGAAGGAAUGUUUGGUAAAAUGAAGAGUCGAUUAGUGAGCAAUUUCAAAUUUAUUUAAUAUUCGUUUUAAAUGGCCACGGUGGAAAAUGCUCAAGGAGGCGUGUUUUCCAAAUCGUUUGUAAUUGUAAAUCAUAUAAUGUUCCAACAAUUUUUAUUACUCAAUUCAACAUGACCCCAGGGGGGUCAAACUAAUUCUCAUAGUUAUGAAGUCGUCCAGUAUGACUGUGAACCCAUAUUAAUGUAUGACUGACUUGUAUUAUCACACAGGCACAACACAUUGAUUGAUAACUAGUUUUGAAAUCAGAAAUCAGAAGCCAGUGAAUUAUUUUUGAUUAAGAUUUUUUUUCCCAAUUAUUUUUCCAAUGUAUUUUUCAAAGAGGGAUGGGUAGCAAAAAAUAUAUUGCUGACAAUAUCUCAUAUUUCAGUACUGUCAAAAUUCAAGACGAUUUGAACAAAACAUGAAGUCGUCGCGCAUGAUUUGCCAUCGUGGGCCACAUAGAAUGAUGUUGCAGGGUUGGAUCCAGCCCCUGUCUGACACCUCUGUAUUGCCCAAAAAACAUUUAACAAAGUAGAGCCACUCACUGAGACUAUGAAGUACAUUUCCUCACUUUUAAGUACUUUUAAGUACCUCAGUCUCGGGAUAUAGGAGCAACUGAGUGGCAACUGCAAUCUCCCAAUGUGCCAAAGAUGAGGGGAUAGUGCAGCCUACAGGGUCCAUUCAUCUUUCCAUUCCCCGUGCACCAGUCUUUUCUGUAAGCAGAUAUUUAUCACAACAUUCGUUAUGUGUUAGUCCUGCACCAAACUUUUUUGUUUUUUUAUGUGUUGUUGGCUGCCUAUUUGACAGCCGACUAGUUGGAUUUCAAAGCUGCCAAAUUGGGAAAUGCAUAAAUUAAGUUUGCCUCCAUAACAAAAACAAAUAUAUAAAAAUAAAGCCUUGUGUAAAGCUACAGUAAAAUAUGCAAUGAUUCUUUUAAAAGAGAGGGUGGUAUAUAUAUUCAUGGUGUGUGUGGACUGUUGUCAGUCCUCGCCAAGCCAACCUUGUAAAAGACAAAUACCAUUUAGCCUAUAAGUCCCAAUCAAGAAGGUGUUCUUGUUGUUGUUCUUGUUUUUUACUAUACUAACAAUUAACAUUGGCAAUGUUGUUUGUGGUCAGUAGAAAUGCAUUAACUGGCUCUUUGACGACAGUUGACCAAAGAGGCAUCUUUUCUGGAAGGCCUGUGUCUCAUGGUUGCUAGCUUAGCCAAUUGAUUUCACUUUUCCAUGUGAUAUUAGCCACUGGUGUAUAUUAAGAUGAUCUUACUAUAAAGUCAUCAAGAGUUGACUUCCCACCUCCAGAAGAGAGCAGCUAGUGCUAAUGUUGCCUUAAUGUACAGCGCUGUUAGCAUCUUAGUUUGGUUAUUGGUCAAGGUAACACAACUAAGAUUUGUUCUUGCAUCUUAGUUUUUAUUUGCGCCAAAAGACACCCUGCGGUACAUGUUUUAAUCUGUGUCAUCAGGGUCUACGUUAAAACAUGUCAACGGGUUGACGCCCAGUUUUGAAGCCAUGCAAUUUAACUGGGGAAAAAAACACAGGUAAUAACGUACUCGUGACUUAAGUUUUCAAAUGUCUCAAGUUAAUGUCAGUGCUGUGAGCUAAAUUUUUGGUUUCAUGUUGUGUCCUGCCUGCGUGCUUUUUCAUGUUUUCUCAAAUGCUGACAUCACCUUGCCGAUGUUGUUGCCACAAUAUUUAUUGAAUUGUAUAUUUUCCUUUUAAAAUAAAAUUAAAUUGAAGAUGGAA